AUGCUUGUGGGGGAGCAGUCGCCGGCGCCGCGGGUGGUGGCCGGCUUGCGGAAACUUCGACCUGAAUUGACACCAGGUCCUGUACCUACUCCGGCUGAUCCUAAUCUCAGGAUAUCAGGCAUCCUCCGUCAGUAUUACAAUGACGACGAUCAGUCCUGGGCGUGGGUGCGGGCAGCUGUUCGCGGGGGGUGUCUGCUCGCGUGGCGGGACGGCACUCUGCCCCGUCGCUCGGCCGCCCGACUACCCCUAAGACACUUGCACUUGCGCGCAGAAGCAUCCCUGCCCAACGCCUUCCAGCUGUCGCGACUGCGGGAUGAUGCCGCUGUUGCCACUUUCCAGGCCUGCAAUGCCACGGAAUACGCCCGGUGGGUUCGAGCGCUAUGCGUUGAAAUACUUGGACAGACACCAUUGCCGCAAGUUAGAUUUUUGGACGUAUUGCCGGCAGCGGACACGUCAAGUAAAGAACCAAAGAAGGUACCUCUACUAGAGACACCUGCAUGUCCUCCCAGACCGCCUCCCAGAGCGCGACGAAGACUGCUAACCGCUCCAGAGACCCAGAUACCUCGAAGAGACCACUCACCUGCCGCCACGGACGAGGGCAUUGUCGUAGAAGACGACGACUAUGAUUCAUCGUCCGAUCGCAGCCUCGAUCUGUCUCUUUCACUCGACGCUCUGAAAACCAUAGACGUGGUUGACGCGCCAGUACGAAAAGCUGAGGUCAUAAAGUGCGAUAACUGCAGCAAAUUAAACAAAAGCCCCCAACAUCACACUUUGCCACGUAUGAGGACAAGUGACACAGAAAUUGGGAGGCAUAGAUAUCUAAAACGCUGGGAGGGCACGACAGGUGGUACAGAACGCGGCCGGUUUGCGAUGGUGGCAGCCAGGAGGAAGGCAGCAUCGUUAGAGAACAGGGCAAGAUCGUGCUCACCUAAUUCACACGAAGUGGUUUCCCAAUACGUUCCUGUGCGUGAGAGACGUGCUCUAUUCGAAUCUCUUUCGCAAAGUGGUGGAAGUUUGGCGAGAAGUAGCGAACAGUUAGCUCGGCCCGUGAUAGUGAGUGACACUCCGAGAAGGGCGGCCUCGUUGCACGACCUUCAAGCGCCGCCAACAAGGUCGGUUAGCGAUUUGCGACAGUUUUUCGAAGCAGUCGCUCGUGGCGCGGGACCGUGCUCGGGACUACAAAGAUUCAGUGCACCCCCAAACCCCGUUUCGAGGGGUUUCACAUCGCUCACUGUUGCU